AUGGAAAAAUAAGUUAAAUAAAUUAAUAAGAAGAAGAAAUUCGUUGCAGAUGGUGUUUUCAAUGCUGAAUUACAUUGCUUCUUCUCUAAAUCUCUCUAAGAUGCCGGUUAUGCUGGAAUUGAAGUCCGUAGAACCCCUAUGAAAAUUGAAAUCAGAAUUAAAGCCACCAAGCCUUAACAUGUUAUCGGUUUAGAAGGAAAGAAACACAAAGAACUUACCUACUUCUUAUAAAAAAGAUUCGGAUAUGCUAAUGACUAAUUAUAAAUCCUUGCUGAACCCGUAAAAAACAAAGGUCUUUGUGCCUCUGCUUAAGUCGAAGCUUUGAACUAUAAAUUAUUAAAGGACGUCCCAGUUAGAUUAGCUGCUAACUACAUUAUAAGAUAAGUUAUUAAUGAUGGAGCUAAAGGUUGUGAAGUCAUUAUCUCCGGAAAAUUAUAAUAAUAAAGAGCUAAAACCAUGAAAUUCAAAUAAGGUUAUAUGAUCUGUACUGGUCAACCCAGAAAGGACUACGUCGAUGUUGCUGUCAGACACGUCUUUUUCAAAUAAGGAAUCAUGGGAGUAAAAGUAAAAAUUAUGUUACCAUAUGACCCCACUGGUAAAUUCGGUGUUAGAACUCCUAUUCCUGAUAAUGUUGUUAUUAAUGAACCCAAGAGAGACGAUAAUGAUAAAGAAAUUAGAACCGCUUAAGAAAAUAAUUUAAUGGUGCUUAUUCUUUAGGAACAUCUUAGAGAUCCUCAAAAUUAAAAAAAUUAAAUAGCGAAAUUAUUUAAUUCAGAAACUUUUAAAUUUCCAGGACCAGGAAGUUAUGGAAAUCCAAAUUAAUUUGAAUAGCCUCCUAAAUCAAUAAAGAAAAAAGUUUUAAAAGGAAUUAAGGAAAACAAGAGUAUUUAUGAAGAUCGUGAAUAUAUAUUAAAACCUAAAAUUAGCUAAAGUACUCGUAUUAUUAAUUAUGAAAAUGGAGUGCCAGGACCAGGUCAAUAUAAAGCUAAAUUCAAUUAAAUAGAUGGUAAAAUAGCCUAUAAAUUUGGCUCAAAACUUAAAUAAGGGGAUUAUAAAACAUAUGUUUGCCCAACUUAAUAUAAUCCCAAUCCAGGUUCAUAAAGUUCAAGUUUAUUUUAACCAAGUUAUACCUUUGGGUAUAAAUUUAAUACUGAAAAAGUUAAUGAAAAUCCUGCUCCUAAUACUUAUCCAAGGGAAGAACCUGAUUUUCCUUAUUAAUUAAGCAAAUAAUUUUCUACUUAUAAAAAUCAAUAAGGAAAAUCUGUUACCUCAGUUAAAAAUGGAUUCGGCAGUACUCAAAGAAUGAAAACUAAAGUAGAUAUAGGUCCAGGACCAGGAGAAUAUAAAUCAGAAAAAAUAAAACCUUCUACAGGACCUUCUUUUAAAUUUCCUAGAAGUUAAAGAAGAUGGAAUUAAAUAUCUAAUAACCCUGGACCAGUUUUUAUAGGCGCGUUUGAUCCUAAAUAGACUAAAUAGUAAAACACAGGUUUUACACUUGGAUAAAGACUUUACGAUUCACUAAAAUAAUAUGAAACCGAUGUUCCCGGACCUGGAGCUUAUAAUGGUCAGUUCGCUAAAUCUCGUUCAGGAAUAAAAAUAGGAAAAGAAUAAAAACUUGAUAUAGUUGAUAAAGAAAGCUUAAAAAAGCCAGGACCUAAUUUUUAUUUUCCUAUACCAUUAUCAACAAAAUCAGAAAUAUAUAAUCCAACAAUUGGAAUUGGAGAAAGACCUCCACUCCAUAGUAAAACUAAUGUACCAGGACCGGGAUAAUAUAAUCAUCCUUAAAAAAUUGGAGAAGGACCAAAAUGGAAAAUUGCAUUAAAAGUAUAAAAAAUAGAUAAGGCAGAUAAUCCAGGUCCAGGAGCAUAUGAUGCUAAUAUAGGCUAUGUGACAACUUCUAUGCCUAAAUAUGGCAUGACUUCUGCAUCUAGAAGUAAUCCAAUUAACUCUUAAUUCUAAAAUACAGGACCAGGAUCAUAUAAUAUAUAAGGAAAACUCAAUAAAUGCUAAUUAUUAGAUUUCUUAUCAUGA